GCUAAAUUGCUACAAAUUUACAGGGGCUGCAUGGAAAGAACACACGGACACGCGGCCUUGCCCAUACUCCGGCCUCGGCACAAGAGCUGCGUGUGCAUCGUGAAAGUACAUUGCAUCGUCUACGUCGUGAGUCCUGAUACCUGUUCGAGUUUCUUCCUUUCUUCCUUCCGCGCUGUGUUUCUUGGCUGUCUUGUUACUCGCGAGUGAAUGUUUGUGACUUUGCAGCGCAAUCUUAAUAGAACUUGUAAUUCUACGCCCUCAACAUGAGCAUUCUACUUGAAUAGGCAUACCGUUUAAAAUUGCAACAUGCCUCAGCAGUUCCGCUUGAAACCGCGAGCCAGAAUGUCACCAGCUAGCAGCUUGGCUGUUCUGUUGCAAUGCAUCGCGUACCUGUCAUCGGUCAGGAUCGCGGCGAUGGCUGACGCCAACGUGCCGGGUUGGCAUGUCCUUCACCCUCAGACCGCCUCGUCGGGCGGCACCCGCACGCAGCCCUCCAUCCGCUACGGCCACGCGUGCAACACUUAUAAGGGACACCUGGUGUCCACACACGGCUAUUUCUACGACCGUGAGCGCAACAAUGCUACGUGGCUCAGCGACACGUGGGCUAUGGACCUCACGCGGCCGGGCCGCCCCUGGAGCCGAGUGGCGCACCAUACGCCGCAUGCCCUGGCCUUCAGCCACUACUCCGCCGGCCGCCAGCCGCCCACCCCCUGCGGCCGCUUCGGGCACGCGGCGGUUGUGAUUGGUGAUGCACUUUACAUGUACGGCGGACACGACGGCGGUUAUAGCCGUACCAACCGCCAGGAUUACCAGCCAGGCCACGACUUCGACGAGCUGUGGCGGCUGGAUCUGACCACUGGCGACUGGACCAGACUGCCCAGCACCGGACCAGACGGCGCCGGACCAGGCAAGCGCUACCUGCUGGCGGCGGCCGAGGUGGCCGGCCGCAUGGUCUUGUAUGGCGGUCUGGUGGAUGGCCAGGGGGACGUCUGGUCCUACACGCCCGCCACCGGACCAACUGGUGGUUUGUCGUCUGGUGGCGUGUGGGAGAAGCUCGCAGACGAGGUGCCGGCGGCGGCGGGCGGCCCGGGCCGGCGUGUCGGGCACACGCUGACGGGCUGGGUGGCGGGCGGCGUGGCGGGCGUGGUUUUGUAUGGCGGCAGAAGUACGGCGCCGCCGGAGCCCGGUGGUACAAUCAAGAAUCAAGUGUACGACGACGCGUGGUUUUUUGACCUGGGGUCACGGAGCUGGAGGCAGCUGCAGGCGCGCGGCGUGGCGGCGCCCGCUGUAGCAGGGGUGGCUGCAGCAGCAGCAGCAGCAUCGGCAUCGGCAGUAGCUGACGCGACGCCGCCGGGGCGGCUGUAUCACGCCGCGAUGGUAACCGUGCUGCCGGCAGGCAGCGCCGCCACCACUGACAGUAGCGGCAGUAGCAGUAGCAGCAGCGGCAGUAGCAGCGGUGGCAGUAGCAGCGGUGGCCUGGUGCGUGUGGGGCUGGUGGCGGCGGGCACGCUCACCAGCCCGGGGCUCACGUGCGCGGCGGACGCGUGGGCGUUCGUGCUCGACUGCGCCGCCUCCGCCAUCACGUGGGCCCGCCUGCCCGACCUGCCCGCCCCCCUGUACGACACACGUGGCGCCGCCUGGCGCGCCGCCGCCUACCUGCAGGGCGGCCACCUGUGCGCGCUGGAGCAGCCGGGCCGAGCCCAGCCCUACCCCUUCUGGUAUGUGAAUGAGGUGUUGCAGCUGGACUUGACGCGGCAGCCCGCAAUCACACAGCUGCUGCUGCAGGCGGCGUCAGGGACAGAGGCGGCAGGUGGUGGUGGGGCGGCGGCGGCGGCAGCAGGUGCAGAUGCAGGUGCAGGUGCAGGGGCCGGCGGCGGAGGCCUGGCGGGCUGCCGGCUGCUGCCAGACGAGGCGGCGGCAGCCCGGGCGGAGCAGGCGGCGGUGGCGGGCGCGCUGGCGGCAGCGGCGGCGGCGACCGGCAGCGAUGAGCUGUAGGCAGUGGGCAGUGGACUGAAUGGGUGGUGAUGUUACCGGCGGUAUCUUAGCUGGCGAUGGAGUGUGGGGGACAGCGGGGUCAGGGGGAGAGCGACUGCGUGUGAAGUGCCCUGGUGGUGGACGGCAGGGUUGGCGGCCCUCGUAGCACCCCGUCGUGUGUUGGGAUUCUGGCUGGUGCUGACUUGCUGGUGUGUGGGUGUAUGCGGACUGUACCAAAAGGUCGCUGGCGCGCUGGCUUGCUGUGCUGAACUGGGGGUGGGGGGUGGGGGGCGGAAGCAGGCUGUCCGGCAUGUGCGCCGGGCGCAUAUCGCGUUGUUGUUAUCCAUGGCGGACUGGAGUGUGCUGCAUUGGUGGCCACACUACGUCACC